AUGUUGGACUCACUCUCAGUGCGCCUCGGGCUGCUGGUCGGCGGUGCCUUCGUCGGAUUGCUUCUGCUUAUCCGCAAGCUCUACCCUAGACCGUAUCCAGGUAUCCCCUACAAUGAGGCAUCCGCGAAGCGUUUGCUGGGAGACUUGAUGGAUCUUACCUCCAUAGUCAACGAGACCAACGAAAUCUCGAACGCCGCACUCACCAUCACCACCCAAAGGCUCGGCACUCCGAUCGCUCAGGUGUUAUUCCCCAGCUUCCGCAAGCCCCUCGUCAUCCUCGAAGACCCCCGCGAGAUUGAAGAUAUCAUUAUCCGCCGCAAUAAGGAGUUUGACAAGGGGCCGACGGCCCUCGAGGUCUUCCGGCCCAUGUUCCCACGCGCCUCAAUCUCGCAGUCGACGACGCCGGCUCUGAAGGCCCAGAAACGGCUGUGGGCUGACACAAUGAGCAUUGACUUCUUGCGUAAGGUUGCCGCACCCAGCAUCCACAAGUCAACAUGUGAGCUGGUCGAGCUGUGGCGGCUCAAAUCAUCCAUGACGUUCAAGGACCGGGCCUUCAACGUCCUCGGGGACUUCAAGAACGCUGCGCUGGACGUCAUCUGGGUGGUCAUCGUCGGCGAGGAGCCGGGCACCAUCCAGUACGAUAUUAAGAAGUUGCAGAACCAGCUGGCAGGAAGCACGACGUUCGAUGCAGCCCCGCCUGUCGGUUCCUUUCUCAAGGAACAGGUUGCCUACAUGAGCACUACGAUCGCGCGCAACCUCAACACUCCUUCGCCUAAGUGGGCCCACAGGUUUGAGAUGUGCACGCCCCGGUACCGCAAGUUCCGCCGCACCGUCAAAGGCGAGAUGCAGAAAACCAUGAAGAAGGCCGUCGAGCGUUACCAGAGCCUCGAAAUCGGUAGCCUCGAAGACGACACCGUCGAUAGAUGCGCCAUGGAUCUAGUCCUACGCCGGCAGAUCCUGCAGGCCAGGAAGGCCGGGAUUCCCCCUUCAGACCCCACAAAGGACGAGAGCAUGCUCGACGAGAUGUUUAUCUUCCUACUCCGCACCGCCCUCCGCACCGCCUUCCCCUCCACCACCUCCAGCAGCACCACCACAGCCACCACAACACCCCCUUCCGCCCUCGCCAUACUGGACGCCGACAUCCCCUACCUCGACGCGACCCUCGAAGAGACGAUGCGCCUGUCCGGCACCGCCAAGGGGAGUCUGCGCCAGGCCCUCGUCGACACGCACAUCCUGGGCUGUUCCAUCCCGCGCGGCACCGAGGUCAUGAUGAGCUACCACGUCAACAGGGCGCCGCCGGGGCCGGUGGAUGAGGCGAAGCGGAGUGCCACGUCGCGGGCGGCGGGGGAGAAGAAGGGGGAUGGGUUGCGCGGGGUGGCGGGGAGGGAUUUGGGCGAGUUUCAGCCGCGUAGGUGGCUGGUGGUGGAUGGCACGACGGGGAGGGAGAGGUUUGAUGCCGGGGUGUUGCCGGGGUUGGCGUUUGGGGGUGGGUUUCGCGGCUGUCCUGGACGCAAGCUGGCCAUGAUGGAGCUGAAGAUUAUGGUGGUGAUGCUGGUGUUGAACUUUGAGUUCCUUCCGAUUCCGGAGGAGUAUCGAUCCAUGGCGGCGACUGAGAUGGCUUUCCGCCAGCCGGACUUUCCUUUCACGAGGCUUAGGGCGCUUUGAUGACGUGGCUGGUUGGUCUCAUUCAGACCAUCGAGCCGAAAAGGGGGAAGGUUGGAUGGUAAUAGUAAUCAAAACCCUAGGUAACUCUACAAGUAGCUGUCCUCCUACUCCAAAACCAUAUACCAUAAGCACAAGACCAAGCUCUGAUGGAUGAAGUCUGCUGAAAUGGGUGCAGAGGCUACAAGGCGUGGAGGGCAAGGGAGCCCCUAUAACUGUUCUCUAUAUGCUCUAAAUAGUGCACGCAAUCUUAAG